AUGCACAAAGUCUCAGCGGUCCCCAGCCAGAAACUUAUACGCGACAUCUCGAGCUAUAUCAUCGAGCUCAUCGCUGCUCGAGAUGCCAACCUCGCAGCAGCACAGGCCGCAGGAGCCGUCCCUGGUCCGCCUGUGGCAAUUACUGCGGUCAUUUCCCCGCCGCCCGGGGCCGCUACACUGCCUGAAUCUACCGAGCCGGCCUCCAAGAAACGAAAGCUGAACGAGCCGGUACCAAUCCAGAAUGGCACGAGUGAGGCGAUACCGGCCUGGCGCGAUCCUGCCGGCGAGAUAUUCUACUCUGGCGACGACACCAGCUUCUCCCUACCAGCGCGCAAGAAACUGCGUUACGAGUUUAUAAGGACAACCCCGAACAGCGUAGAUGGUGGCAUCCGGACUCUAGAUGGUAAAGGCGAAGUGCAGUUCGGCGUGGACUGGAAAGAUAUCGACCAGAUAUUCUGCCUCCCUGUGCCCGACCGCGCCAAGCGCGCUGAUAAUUUCGUCGUCAUACCCUACCACGGCAACGGUAUCGAGCCACCUCCACCUGGCCAACCAGCGCCCGAGCCCAUUGUUUGGACAUACCAGGGGCCAGGGGCGAAAGCGCUCAAGGAUGAAGGGCUAGAAGAGGACCCUGAGCCGGCGAAAACAUGUCAUGCGCUCAAUGAGCAGCUGAAGAAAUUCGGGAAGAGCGUGGUAUUACCCGACGAGAAAGAGUUCGCGAGUACGCUGGUCAACCCGUCCCGCAAAGGCGAGACAGUGUACAGCGUCAAAGCGCACAGGGGCAGCAAAGAAGGCUACCUCUUCUUCACCUCCGCCGGCAUCCUCUUCGCCUUCAAGAAACCCCUCUUCUACUUCCCCUUCUCCGCCAUCGCCUCUAUCUCCUACACCUCGGUCCUCCAGCGCACCUUCAACCUCGCAGUCACAACCAACGACACACCCAACGCACCGUCUCAAGAGAUCGAGUUCAGCAUGCUCGAUCAGGCAGACUAUGCUGGCAUCGAUCAGUAUAUCAAGCGCCACGGCCUCAAUGACGCGAGUUUGGCGGCGAGCAGGAGGGCACAGGUGUACAACGUCAACGUCAAGGCGGAGAAGAACGGCGAGGCGGCGAAUGGGACGGUGGAUGGGGAUGAGGAUGAGGAGUCAGAGCUAACGAAGGCUGAGAGGCUGUUGCAGGAUGCGGAGGAUGAGGAAGAGGAGGACUACAAUCCUGGUAGUGAGGGUCAGAGCGAGGGUGAGGGGGAUAGUAGCGAGGAGGAGGAAGGAUAUGGCGAAGCGAAUGACGAGGGUGGUGAUGGAGGGGAAGAGGACCUAGUGGACGAGGAACUAGGGAGUGAAGCUGAAGAUAUGGAGUAA